AUGAACAAGCUGGAUCAAUUAAAGAAACCAGUCAGCAGGAGCGUGUGGACGUCUGAUUGCUGGCCUCUUCUGAAUCCCUCCGUCACGGUGGAAGAGAACGGCCCCUCCUGGCAACAGGCCUGCACAAAUCUGGGUUUCAGUCUCCCCCUGACCUGUCCCUCUCAUUUGUGUAAGGCUUGUGGUAGCCAUUUUGACUCUCUCGCACACAAGCAUGUCUGUGGGGAUUGCAAGAAGAACUUCUGUGACCGCUGCUCGGUGGAGGCCGAGGCCCGCCAGCCCCGUCUCUGCUGGACCUGUCGGCGGUUUCACGGCACCCUCUUCAACCGCACACAGCUGAUGAGGCUCAAGGUGCGGGAGCUCCGGGACUACCUCCACCUGCACGAGGUGCGGACGGACAGAUGCCGUGAGAAGGAGGAGCUGGUUGAGCUGGUCCUGGACCAGCAGGCCCUGGGCGGCAGCGGCGGCACUGCCGCCGCCGGCAGCGGUUGUAGCGCAGCGCCCAACGGCGCUACAAACGGAGCCACACCCCAGACCCAGCACACCGCUCCUUCGUCCUCAGACGACAACGACGAAGAGGAUGACGAUGACGACGAUGAGGACGACGACGGCGACGACGACGGCGAUGACGACGGCGACGGCGAUGACGACGGCGGCGACGACGACGACGACGACGACGACGAAGAGGAGGAUGAUGAGGAGGGUGAAGAGGAGGAUGAUGAGGAGGGUGAAGAGGAGGAUGAGGGGGAUGAGAAUGCUGAUGAAGGGGAGGCAGAUGGUGGUGAUGAAAGUGAAAGGGUGGCUGAAGAAGAUGUCGGUGAUAACAAUGUAAGGGAGGCUCAGGUGGAGGAGAACAACGAGAGAGAAGUGGCGGAGGAGGAGGAGGAAGACGACGAUGAGGAAGAGGAGGCAGGGGAGGACGAAGAGGAAGUUGAAGAGAACAUUGAGCAGACGUGGGAACCUGAAGAGGCCGUGCCCGCGGAGGCCCGGACCGCCUCCCUCUCUGACCUGAGCUGUGUGGAAGACAUCGAGGGUCUCAGCGUCCGUCAGCUCAAGGAAAUCCUGUCGCGCAACUUUGUCAACUUCAUGGGCUGCUGUGAGAAGUGGGAGCUGAUGGAGCGCGUCACCCGCCUCUACAACGAAGUCCGCAAUGAAGAGUCAGCCGCAGCCACCAAGCCGGACGAGGAACUGUGCCGGAUCUGCAUGGACUACCCCGUGGACUGUGUGCUGCUGGAGUGCGGACACAUGGUCACCUGCAGCAGGUGCGGCAAGCGCAUGAGCGAGUGUCCCAUCUGCAGGCAGUACAUCGUCAGGGUGGUCCACGUCUUCAGGUCCUGAAGACGGAGAACACAACAGAACCACUUCCUCAGACACCACAGUAGAUGGUGUCCAAUAACUCAGAGAUGUUAUUUAUGUUUUUUUUGUUUACUCAUUAGUUUGUUCAUUAAUAGUAGGCAGUAGGCAGAUACAAUUGAUCUUUUAUUACAAUUUUGUAUUUAUUUAUUUAUUUUCUAUCGUAUAAUAACUAAUCUUAAAUGUAAUUUACCAAUAUGUUGUUUCCUUAAUCGUGGAUGGUAUGUCCUUGUAUGUUACCUAUGUUUUUUUAGAUUAAUGAUAGAAUAAGCAAUCCACAGUACUAGUAAGAAUGUUUAUAAUGUAGACACUUUACCAGGUAUUAUUGUAUUUGUGUAUAUUUGUAUCUGUAAACAUCAACAUAUCAAACAAAUGGUGCAGGCACAGUUAUAAUGUCCAGAACACUGGAACGUUAUGUAUGUUAUAACCCUGAUAUUACCUUUAUUUAUUUAUUUAUUUAUUUUUUACAGAAUCCUCUUAUUUUUUUCAUGGAUUCAGAAUUCCCCAAAUAACGGGAAGGAGGGCACUGCAGCUCAUAAUAAAAAAAAUAAAAAAGUUCAAUUCUGGCGCAAAUUGAACCCAUGGUCUUUUUCGGCAUGAAAACACAUGAAAUAAGCCCUCCAGACACUUUUUUCCUUUGAUUAACAAGUACAGAGCUUUCCCGGAGCAAUGCUAACUGGCCCAAUGGCUUACAUUGGAUUGGUUAGGGGCAGUGUGGAGCGCUUCCAAAUCUGCAUUUUUUAACCACUAAUAUUGCUCAAAAUAGAACCAAACCUCUGCGGUAGCAUGACUAGGGUCCCUACACAUGAAAGCGUUCCGCGCUGCCCCUAGCGGAUGCAAUGUAAGCCAUUUGGCCUGAUAGCGUUGCUCCGGGCAAGCUCUAUACUUGUUGACCAAUGAAAGAAAGUGUCUGGAGAGCUUAUUUCAUGUGUUUUCAUGCCGAAAAAUACCCUUGGUUCAAUUUUCGCCGGAAUUACACUUUAAGUAAUCUUUUGCACAUUUAUGAACAAAUAAAACGUGUACUUUACUAUACAAUGACUAGCAAACUAAUAAACGUACUAGCCAACUCAC